AUGGCGUCGAAAGCCCAAGUCCUCCGCCUGUAUCGGCGUUCAUUGAAGCUCUCCCUCGACUGGUGUGUCCACAGGUAUCUCUGGCGGGGCCAGGCCAUGUAUAUUCGCGAGCUUUUCGAGGCGCAGAAGCACGUCACAGAACCGCGCCAGCAGAGGGCUCUGAUUAAGGAAACUGAACGGAUAUUGGAGGAGUGGAAACAUCCUGAUCCGUAUCGCCCACCUACGGCCCCUGGAGGGAGCAAGUACGAACGCAACUUGCCUGCGCCCAUCUUAGAUCCCCCGAUCAAGCAGAAUAUCUAG